AUGUCCACUCAGCAGCAAACGGCGGUGGUCGAGGGGUUUCUGCCCCAGAAGAUCAGGGAGUACAUCAAGGCGACCUACCCGUUACAAGGGGCCCACGAAGCAGUGGCGUUACCCAAUCUGGCCCAACCAGGGUACCUGGCCGUGUAUCGCAACAAGUCGCUGCCCCACCAGUUGGUGAACCGCCCCCAUCCUCAGGUGGCGACCCUCUACGACAUGUUUGAGUGUGCGCUGACCUGGCACGCCGAUAAGCCCGCUUUGGGCACUCGUCCCCGCUUGUAUGAUGGCACCUAUGGCGACUACCAAUGGCAGACUUACCGUCAGUUCUAUGAGCGCCGGUUAAACUUUGGCAGUGGGCUUUUCUUUAUUUUGGCUAACAACCCGUAUAAGUCUCCCUCAGACAAUUACGACUACGACCCCAAGGCGACGGAACUGCCGUUUGUGGUGGCGAUGUACUCGCACAACAAGCCCGAGUGGGUGAUCACCGACUACGCCUGUGUCGCUUACUCGGUGUGCAACACCGCUCUCUACGACCUGCUUGGUCCCGACGCUUCUGAGUACAUUUUGCUGUUGACGGAACUGCCCGUAGUGGUGGGGACGUUGUCUAACAUCAGUAAGCUCGUUGAUUUGAAGAAACAGCACCCUCAGCUGUUGGCUAAGCUUGUGGCGUUGGUGCUGAUGGACCUUUUGGGACCGCUGGACAUUCGGUUUAGGGAAAAAGCCCGUGAAGCUAACAUUGCCGUGUACGAUUUUGAGGAGGUGGAAGCGAUGGGAGCAGCGUCAAGACUUCCUCCCAUCCCGCCUAAUGCCGAAACGUUAUACACCAUUUCUUUUACCCUGGGUACGUCGGGAACGAUGCCUAAAGGGGUUGAAUUGAAGCAUAAGCUGGCUGUUUCAGGGCUGAUGUUGCGGGUCACUGUGGGCAACAACUUGGAGAACUACACUGCCUACUCGUUCCUUCCCUUAGCCCACAUUUACGAGAGAUCGGUGUGCCACUCUAAUUUGUUUAAAGGAGCCCAAAUCGGCUACCCCAAGACUAAUACCCUCGCCUCGAUUCUCGAGGAUAUUAAGCUUCUCCGUCCCCAUGUGUUAGCGUUUGUUCCCAGGGUGUUUCUGCGUUUAGAAGCUCAGAUCAAGGCGUUGACGAUUAACCACCCCGAUGCUGAAGUUCGGGAACGGUUCAAAUGGGCCAUUGAUCGCAAGAUGGCGCUCCAGAGAAUCCAGGAAGGCGACCCUGGUGUUGACGCUGAGGCCGAUGCCAUUAUUGCUCCGCUUAGAGAGCACUUUGGCAUGGACCGCCUCAUCUCUUUCUCCACCGGUUCGGCGCCUACUGCCCCCGAGCUGAUCCAGUUCGUUAAAGCUGCGUUGAACGUCGGUGUAUCUCAAGGGUUCGGGAUGACGGAAACGUUUGCUGGGAUGUCUACUUCCCCUGCGUACGAUGUUAAACCGGGCUCACUGGGGGCGAUUGCCAUUACUACGGAAAUGAAACUCAAAGAACUCCCGCAAAUGGGGUAUGUGGCGAAUGAUCCCAACGGUCCUAGGGGUGAGCUUUUGCUUAGAGGCCCCCAGAUCUUUGAACGCUAUUACAAGAACCCUGAGGAGACGGCUAAGGCAAUUGACGCCGACGGCUGGUUCCACACGGGGGACGUGGCGUGGGUUAACCCCAAAGAUCUGAACCGGAUGAGCGUGAUUGACCGGGUCAAAAACUACUUGAAGCUUGCCCAAGGCGAAUACGUCACCCCCGAACGGUGUGAGAACUUGUACAUCGCCAUCAACCCCAUCAUCACCCAGCUCUUCGUGUACGGCGACUCCCACCGCGACUACUUGGUGGGUGUCAUUGGCUUGGACGAGAACUUGAUGACGAAAUACGUUUCGAAGAUUCUUGGACGCCAGUGUGACGACUACGAGGCGACGAUCAAGUUGUUGAAUGAGCCUGAAGUGAAGCGUAAGGUGAUUGGAUACAUGAACCAGAACAUGGGCGACAGAUUGCAGAGCUACGAGAAGGUGAAGAACAUGCGGUUUGCCCACAUGCCGUUGGGUGCUGCUGGCGGCGACUUCUUGACGCCGACGUCGAAGUUGAAGCGGCAGGUGGCCACGAAACAUUUUAAGCCGUUGUUUGACGAGUUGUACCAGGAAGGGUCGUUGUUUGAGAGUAAGUCGAAGUUCUAG